AUGAAAAGUUAUUUGCCGACGAAAGCUACUGAAAAGUCAAGCAUUCGAGCUAGACAUCUUGAUGAUUCGGAAGACUUUAUGACUGCUGCACUACGAGAGACUAAAGAAGAAGCUGGUUUGGCAGAAGAGGAACUUGAAAUUCACAAGGAUUUUGAGGAAGAUUUAUUUUAUGAUGUCAAGCAAAGCAGAUAUGAAGGCGAGAUGACCAGAAAGAAACAAGUAAAGUAUUGGUUGGCAAGGCUGAAAAAGUCGGGAAAUGUAAGAUUAUCGGCAGAACACCAAGCGAUGAGAUGGGUUUCAUUAGAAGAUGCUGUUGUUCUGGCAAGCUUCCCGGAUAUGGAAAGGCUGCUGCGAAAGGCUGAGGGGUUUUUAAGAAAUAAAGACUCUUCUGGGCCUUUGCAUUUAUAA